CACUCCUGCGUAGCUCCUCAUGCGUUUCUUCCACCCUCCCCUUCUCCUCACACUCCUCUGUCUCGCUCUCACACAUUCUCUCUCCCUCUCCAGCACUCCCUCUCACUUCUCUCCUCAGAAAUACUGUCUGUGGAGCACCUCUUCUGUUUGCAGCAGUGAAUAAGGCACCAUGCCGGGACUGAGGGACCAGACGGCACUUUCAGUUCUCUGUAUGUCCCUGCUGGUUCGCUUCUGGACUGUAAACGGACUGACAGACCACAGCAGCUCAGAGAUCAGCCACACAGCCUCAGAGCAACAUGUGGAGAACAGAAGCACAACAACUGGAGCAGAUAUUCUUCAAGUGAAGAUAAUCCCACUCUAUGCAAAGAUUCAUGUUGGACAACACAAACGAUUGUUAUGCAAAGUUGAUGGGGGUGCAGAGGAGAUCGCCUGGUUUUCUCCUAAUGGUGAGAAGAUUCUAACAAAACGUGACAAUCUCGAGGUGCGCAGUCAUGGCAAUUCCUUGUCCUCUCUCAUUGUUCUCAAUGCCAAUUUAAACAAUGCUGGGAUAUACAAAUGUGUGGCCAGAAAUUGGGACACAGAAUCACAAGCUACGGCCAAGCUGGACAUCCUUUCAAAGAGAAUGCGUCGAGAAACUGAGAGGGAAGGAAGAGCAAAACGACAGAAAGAGCCCAAGCCCACCAAGAAGCCCAAAGCUCCCAAGCCCACCAAGAAACCCAAGGGCGAGAAGAAGAACAAAGGAGAGAAGGGUGGGAAGAAGAAAGGCAAGAAGAACAGGGAGGAGACCACCACGAUCACCACCACCACUGUGGCUCCCACAACCACUGUGCCCAUUGAAUAUGAAGAGGAGUUUUAUGACCCUGAAACGGACCAGUACUGGGAUGAAGAAUUUCCUGCAGAGACAACAACAGCGGCAAAGCCUACAAACCCCCCGAUUGAGAAAACCACAGAAUUUCCAACAGACUUUCCUCCUGACACGGACGAGUAUUCCCCACCUUACCCUGACUCAUACGAUGACUAUUGGAAGGUGGAUGAACCCACACCUACAACCUCAGUGAUCGCUGGCCGUCCACCUGAUGAGGAUGUUGAUUACUGGGAUGCCAGAUAUGAGGUGGCAGAAAACAUGCCUUUCCCUGAUGGCAAAGAGAUCAGCUCUACUGACAAUGACUGGCAUUACACUACCACAGAGGAGCCCACCGUCCCUCCAUUUGAAAACAACUGGUAUGAAGAAUAUGAAUAUGGACAUGAAAAGAAACUGGAAGAGGAGAGGGAAAGAGAGAGAGAAAGAGAAAGAAAAGAGCAAGAGGAAAAAGAAAGAGAAGAGAGGAGGCAUGAGGAAGAGGAGGAGAGAGAACCCAGGAUUCACAGACCUCCACCACGCGUGUACAGAGAGCCUAAAAUUUGUCCUCCUCUGGGUAUGGAGUCUCACCGCAUAGAGAAUGACCAGCUGCUGACUUCCUCUGUUUAUCAACAUCGCUAUGGCUCACACAGAGCUCGUCUCAAUAUUCAGGCGUCUGGGGAUGAAGAUGAUAUGAAUGGUGGGUCAUGGUGUGCUAACUCUGAAGAGAAAGUCCACUGGAUUGAACUGGACGCUCGCACACUAACAGAGUUCACUGGCGUUAUCACUCAGGGUCGAGAUGACCCCUUAGAGAGCGAUUAUGUGUCUUCUUACUAUGUGGCGUUUAGUAAUGACAGCAGAGAGUGGACUGUCCUUCAUGAUGGAUAUGCUGAAUGGUUAUUCUUUGGUAACUCCGAUAAAAACACCCCAGUGUUGUCUCAGUUUAUGGAGCCGGUAGUGGCGCGUUAUAUACGCAUCUUGCCACAGAGCUGGAAUGGCACCAUGUGUAUGAGGAUGGAGGUUUUGGGCUGCCCAGUACCAGAUCCUCUAAGCCAGUACCAUAGUCAGAAUGAAGUGAUGCAUCGAGAUGACUUGAACUACACCCAUCACAACUACCUCGACAUGGAGAAGCUCAUGAAAUCCAUCUCUGAUGAGUGUCCCAACAUCACCAGAUUCUACAGUUUGGGCAAAAGCUUUAACGGUCUGGAAAUUUAUGCCAUGGAGAUUACUGAUAAUCCUGGGACGCAUGAAACAGGAGAGCCAGAGUUCAGGUACACAGCAGGUUAUCAUGGUAAUGAGGCUUUGGGACGAGAGCUUCUUCUGAUGCUUAUGCAGUACCUGUGUAGAGAGUACAAAGAUGGCAACCCUCGAGUUCGCCACCUUGUGGAUGAGACACGAAUUCAUCUGGUGCCAUCAGUUAAUCCUGAUGGUCAUAUGAAAGCUUUUGAAAAGGGCUCUGAGUUGGGCAGCUGGACAUUAGGGCACUGGACUGAAGAUGGCCAUGACAUAUUCCAGAACUUUCCAGACUUAAAUAACAUUCUUUGGGAUGCAGAGGAUAAGGGCAUGGUGCCCAAAUUAAUAUCAAAUCACCAUGUACCCAUCCCUGAGGGUAUUCUGUCAAGCAAUGGCUCAGUUGCAGUGGAGACUCUUGCCCUUAUCUCCUGGAUGGAGAACCAUCCAUUUGUGCUUGGUGCCAACCUGCAGGGUGGCGAGAGACUGGUGACAUACCCCUUUGACAUGCGCCGGCUCACCAAGGAGUCUGAGGAGAUGGAGAAAAAACUAAACUCUAGAGCAAACAGACGUAAGCGACAGUAUGAGGAAGAGGAAGAAGAAGAACCCAACCCUUACCUUCACACUGGAUACCAUCAGGAGAGCUACAGUGGCCCUCAUGAAAGCCAUGCAUAUCAUCAAGAGAACUAUGGGUACCAUCAAGAAAGUUAUGGGUAUCACCAUCAAAACCAAGGAUAUCAUGAGGAGAGCCAAGGAUAUCACGACGAGAGCCAAGGGUACCAUGAUGAGAACCAAAGGUACCAUCAUGAGGGUCACUCUGAAGGAUACCAUGAGGGUUAUCAUCAAGAAGGAUACUCAGAGGGGUACAGGGAGGGAUAUGGAGAAGGUGAACCAGAAGAGGAGAUCAGAGUGAUUGAGGACCAAUCUAUGUUCCGCUGGUUGGCCAUAUCUUACGCCUCUACUCACCGCACUAUGACUCAAACCUAUCAGGGAGGAUGCCAUACUGAUGACCCAACAGGUGGGAUGGGAAUUGUCAACCGUGCCAAGUGGAAGCCCAUCCCAGGAAGUAUGAAUGACUUCAGCUACCUUCGCACUAACUGUUUUGAGCUGUCCAUUUUCCUGGGCUGUGAUAAGUUCCCUCAUCAGAGUGAACUUUUAAGAGAGUGGGAGCAUAACAAAGAGGCCCUGCUGACCUUCAUGGCUCAGGUGCAUCGGGGCAUUAAGGGAGUUGUGAGGGAUAAGGAGGGCAACCCUAUUUCCAAUGCCACUGUGUCUGUGGAGGGAGUCAACCAUGACAUUAGGACAGGUGAAUCUGGAGAUUACUGGCGACUUCUAAAUCCCGGUGAGUACCGUGUAACGGCCCGAGCAGAAGGCUACUCCCCCUUCACACGUCUAUGUGUGGUAGGGUUCGACCCAGGCGCUACCUUGUGCAACUUUGACCUCAACAAAUCUAACUGGGACCGCAUCAAACAGAUCAUGGCUCUACAUGGCAAUAGACCCAUCCGAUUGCUGAGCAGUGGCAACAGGGGUAGUGGACAACGCUAUACAUACAGCACUAACCAAAUCCCAAAUUCUAAAUUCAGUAACCAAAUUCUUAACGGUAAUGGUGGGGUCAUGAGAAGGGCUCGUCUUCGUCGAUUACGGCUAAUGAGAAUCCGCCGCCUAAGGCAACAGAGGCUUCUAGCCAGCAAAACAACAACACCACCUACCACAACCACGAUGACCACAACUACAGUUCCACCUACCACAGAGAGUACAACUCCCUGGUAUGACUCUUGGCCUCUUGGGGAAAUUUUUGAAGAGAACACAACCCCACCAGAAGAGAUUAAGUUGACAGAUGCACUGGACUACAACUACAAUUACAAGAUAGAUGAUUAUUAAGAGCAAACUACAGAUCAAAGUUUUGCUCCAGAGAUUGAUUGUUUUGGACUAGUAUAGGUCAUUGUUGCCAUGCUUUUGCGCCUUGGUUUGAUUGGAUCUGGAAGAGAUAUGAGCAAAGAGGAGUCACAUGUAGAAUCAAAGAAUUCUGGCAACACUAAAUAAGCUUUGCACAGUUUUGAAGUAAUUACAGAAGAUUUUUAUUCCAGAAUAUAAAUUUUCAAGUUGAAACCUUGAUUAUUAACACUUCUUUUUCUGGUUGCAAAGCUGGUUGGAGGCAUCACUUAAUGGUUUGCAAAGACUUAGAAGUAGUAAGAAUAAUCAUGCUGUGUAUUCAUGGCUAAACAUCUGUACUAUACUACCAAAAUGUAACAUAAAAACUUCUCAUAUGACCAUCAUGCCCACUGAGGGGAAAUGAGAAUGUUUUAAUGCAAGAGAAGUGGUUGUAUUACCAUUUCUACCUUUCUCUCACAUAAACAGUCAGUGUUUGUUGAAGGCAAGUGUACAAGGGAGAUUUUCCCUCAAAGUUCCACCAUGUUUAAUGGUCUGUUCUAAAAGAUGGUUUCUUUCCAGUAAAUAAAG